AUGGUGCUCUUCAUGAUCGGGAUCGGGCUGUCCGACGAGAAGGACAUCACGGUGAAGGGUCUCGAAGCUGUGAGGAGGUGCCAGCGCGUGUACCUGGAGGCGUACACGUCCAUCUUGAUGUACGGCACCGACACCGCGAAACUGGAGGAGUUCUACGGGAAGAAGGUGACCGUUGCGGACCGGGAGAUGGUCGAGUCCAACUCGGACGAGAUACUGGAGGGCGCUGCGGAGGUCGACGUCGCCUUCCUGGUCGUGGGCGACGUGUUUGGCGCCACCACGCACACCGACCUGCAGAUACGCGCGCGCGAGAAGGGCAUCCCGGUGCAGGUCAUUCACAACGCGUCGAUCAUGAACGCCGUGGCGGCGUGCGGGCUCCAGCUGUACCGUUUCGGGGAGGCCAUCUCCAUCGUCUUCUUCACAGAGACGUGGCGGCCGGACAGUUUCUACGACAAGAUCAAGCGCAACAGGGACAUGGGGCUGCACACGAUGUGCCUCCUGGACAUCAAAGUGAAGGAGCCCAACCUGGAGGCGCUGUGCAAAGGCAAGACGGUGUACGACCCGCCGCGGUACAUGUCGAUCAACACCGCCAUCGAGGAGCUGCUGGAGGUGGAGGACAAACGCGGGGAGGGGGUCUUUUCGCGCGACACCCUCGCCGUCGGGCUCGCCAGGGUCGGCGCCGCGGACCAGGAGAUCAAGGCGGGCCGCAUGCAGGACCUGCUCGAGCACGACUGGGGCCAGCCGCUGCACACGUUGGUGAUUGCUGGCGAGACGCACGAGAUGGAGCUGGAGCACAUGGAGCAGUGCGGGAUCCUGCUGGAGCACUGCGUGGGGUUCAAGUUCCGCGAGUGCCCGUCGUACACGUACCGGUCGGGGCGCUGA